UAAUUUUUUAUGGGCCAAACACCAAUAUUUUUUUCAAGUUGUCUUAUUUGGGUUUCAAAUAAUAUUGGCCCCAAUUUAGCUCCAUACAGGUAUGGCUGUCUAACAUUCAUGACUACAAGCAAAUUGGAAAAAGACUCUCUGCUCCCUCCUAUUUUAUUUACUUUACAAAUCACAACUGAUCAAUCAAUUUAAAUACUUUAUAUGUUAUAAUUUAAAAUACAUCAAAAAAGUUGUUUUGGGUUCAAUUUCAAGCUUUCACUUCUUUUAUUACAGCAAUUAACCACUAAGGGGCGCCAAAUCUAUUGGAAUUCACCUUAUUUUCGUUCAUUCUAUGCUUGCAUAAAAAGGUCUCAUGUGAUGAUUGUGUAGCUGCUGUUAUACAGUGUGGUUAUCACACUUGCUUACAGGAUAAUCUGGUUGCGCUGCGGCUCCUCUGUCCAUGUGACUCCCCUCCACCUUAUCCUCUUACAGAGAUUCACUUUGGGUCUUUCUGCAAAGCUGCUUUGGUGCUGCUGGCCUCUCAGGGUGCAGUCAGCAGAGCGGGGAGCCAGAACCAUGGUGAGUCCUGGACAGAAAGUGGUGCUCAUCACCGGCUGCUCCUCCGGGAUCGGCCUGAGGAUGGCCGUGAUGCUGGCCAAGGAUGAGAAGAAGCGCUAUCACGUCAUAGCCACCAUGCGGGAUCUGAAGCGUAAAGAUAAGCUGGUAGAAGCUGCCGGAGACGCUUAUGGGAAAACUCUUUCUCUGGCCGUCCUGGACGUGUGCAGCGAUGAGUCGGUCAAACAGUGCAUCAACGGCAUCGAAAACAGACAUGUGGAUAUCCUCAUCAAUAACGCCGGCAUCGGCCUGGUGGGUCCACUGGAGAGCAUCCCUAUUGAGGAGAUGAAGAAAGUCUUUGAGACGAACUUCUUCGGGGUCGUCCGUAUGAUCAAGGAGGUGAUGCCGGACAUGAAGAAGAGGAAAGACGGACGCAUCAUUGUGGUCAGCAGUGUGAUGGGACUGCAAGGGGUGGUGUUUAAUGAUGUUUACACAGCUUCCAAGUUUGCCAUGGAGGGCUUCUGUGAGAGCUUAGCUGUGCAACUCCUGAAGUUCAAUAUCAUAGUGUCAAUGAUCGAGCCGGGCCCUGUGCACACAGAGUUUGAGGUAAAGAUGAUUCAGGAGGUGAAGCAGAAAGAAUUUCCCGGAGCUGAUGCUGAAACGGUGCGUUGCUUCAAGGAUGUUUACCUCCCCUCUUCCAUGGACAUCUUUGAGGCUCUGGGACAAACACCUGAUGACAUCGCCAGAUGCACCAAGAAAGUGAUUGAAGCCAGUAGCCCACGUUUUCGGAACCUGACCAAUCCAUUGUACACACCCAUUGUUGCAAUGAAAUAUGCCGAUGAAACUGGAACCAUGUCUGUCCAUGUCUUCUACCACUGGCUCUUCAACAUGGGUCCUCUAAUGCAUAUCAGUGUGAUGACCAUGAAGUAUCUCACCUGUGGAUGUCUGAGGAGAAGAACAAUUUCACCAAACUAAAAUGUUAUGCACAGCCAUGCAUGCAAGAAUACGGCUUUGAGUUUGAAGAAUGGUUGUGUCGUGAAAGGGUCAAAUUUGCCUUAAAAUUUGACCAUAAUGGUAUAAAAUUGAGGACAUUUAGGACCAAAUCAACUGUAUUGAAACUGUAUCUUUGCUGGUUUUAAGAAAAUAUACCUAUUUUUUAUAGUUUAUUAAGAAUAAUGAUGCAGAGUAAUUACAUUCAAUGCUGUAGAGUGUAAGUUCAGCUCUCUACUGAGCACAAUAUCAGAGAAAAAGGUCUUUCUAUAUUUUUUACCAAACUACCAAUAAAAAAAACUACUGAUAUAAAUA